GUUUUGCAUUAAACAAUACAUCAAUGAUCAUCAAUAUCGAUAUUUUGUAGUACGCGAUAUCAUCAAGAAAUCAACGAAUAACUUUUGUUUUUUGUUUUUUUAAUUAUAUGAAUAAAUGCAAUGAUUCGAAAAAAAAUUGGUUCAUUUUCUCCAACGCCAAUUAUAACUGAUCACAAUUCAUUAAAUAAUCAAAAUAAUGAUAAUGCUAGUAUCAAUUCUUUAGGUAGUGAUUCUAAUCAUCGACGUUAUUCAACUCAACUUCAACCGAUCAGUGAAGAAUAUGGUUCAAAUAAAUCAUUAACAACAAUACAACCGGAUCAAUAUUUAAAUCUUCAACAAACAAUCAAAAGUGGUACCACAAAAAUGUUGGGCAAUGGCCGUUCAAUUGUUGUUCCAAAAUCAGUGAACAAUGUUGAUAAUGAUAAAAAAGGUUUCAUUAAUCCUGCUUAUGAUGAUUAUGGUGAUUCGGAUGAAAGUGAAAUCUUUGAUGAAACAACUAUUAGCGAACAAAAACAACAGCCAUCACAACACCAACAAUCGAUUAAAACUAAGAAUGUAAAACGUAUGGAUCGACAAGUAUCGUUCGAUCCGGAAACACAAGAUCAUCAUAAUCAAACAAAAAUUGAUCAAUCAUCAUCGAAUCAUACAAAAACUAAAGUCGAUAUAACAAAUUCGAAUGAUUCGGCAAAAUCAAUCACAUUUCAUCAGAAUAACGAUAACAAUGAAACAUCCAAUCGACAAGAAACAAAAGAAAAACCACCGGAAUGGGAUCGUUUCGUAACUGAACCACCACCCGAUGAAGAUGAAACACAAAAAAGUGAAUGGGUUGAAGUUGCAAUUCGAUGGUUAAAAUUAUUUGCAUAUUUUUUUACAUUCAUCAUGGUAUUACUAUUGUCGGUUGGUUCGAAAACAUUGAUACUUUUGAUGACAUCAAUGAUCAGUGUUAAUCAUACAGUUACUAUUUGUAAUAAUGAUGAUCAUUAUGAAAUCGAUCCACCAUUAGAUCAUGAUAAACCAUAUAAUGCUAUCUAUCAUGGUGAUUCAAUCACAAGAAUUGCAUGGGUAUGGGCAUUAUAUUUUGCUGCUAUUUCACCGUAUUUUUUUGCAUUUGGUCGAAGUGUACGGAUCAUCUAUUUCAAGACGUUUAAAUUUCCGAAAUUUUGGACCAUUUUGACUGUGUUUGUGGCUGAAACUCUUCAUUGUAUAGGAUUAUCAAUAUUUUUAUUCAUAUUGUUACCUGAAAUGGAUGUCAUACGAGGUGCAAUGAUUAUGAACAGUGUUUGUUUUCUUCCAAGUGUUAUACGAUUGAUGGUCGAUCCACCAACACCAUCAUUACAAACGAAUUUACCGAUUAAUAUUGAUUUUCGACAAUCAUUUCAAUCAACGGAUGGAUCAAGUAUUUAUGAUGAUUCAUUUUCGGAUGAACUAGAAGAUUCAACCGGUCGAACUAGAUCAAAAUUUGAACAUUUAAAAUUAGCUUAUAAUCGCUGGUUAGCAUGGAUUAAUUUUUCUCUACAAACAUUUCUUAUUAUUUGUUGGACGGCAAUUAGCGCUUAUGAUAAUUACAAAUAUAAUGAAUGUGAACAUUUUUAUUUGAUUCCAAUUGCUAUGAUUCUAGUUUCAUUUGAAUGGUGGGAAAAUUAUACUGUGCCCGAUGCAAUGAAAAAAUUUUCAAUGUUUUUAAGCGAUGCUAAAAAUGAUUUAACAAAAAGUCGAUAUUUUGUUUUUGCCAUCAUUUCACCUUGGAAAAUUUUAGUAAUAUUUGCAUUGAUGAUAUUGAAUGAACAUUAUGAUAAUGGUUCGGAUAUGACAAGUCGAAUGUUUAAAAAUUUUACCGAUGCUUUUCAAUCGGAUAUUGUUUCGGUCAUUCGUGAUAAAAAGAAUUUUGAUGGACAUGUUUUAUUGGAUACCGAUCAACAUGAACUACAUGUUGAUACAGCAUUAUGGCCAGUAUGGAUUCUUUUGGCACAGGUUUUCAUAACAUAUUUAGCAUAUGCAUUUGCAAAAUUUACAUGUAAAGUUUGUUUCCAAUCAAUCAGUUUUGCCAUUCCACUUUGUCUUACCGUACCAUGUACGGUGUCCGUAUUAUGGGCUUUGAAUAGCAUUGCACUUCAAGAUAAAUGUAAAUUAGUAUCAAUCUUUCAUCCAUUUCAAUAUCUUUUCUGGAAUGAAGAAGAAACUCGUAUAUUUCAAUUCAGUUUGUAUAACAGUGUCAUUGCAUUUAUAUGGAUUUUAAGUUUUGUAAAUCAAGUGCUAAAUACAUUACACAUCUGGAGAGAAACAAGUGAACGAUUAGCAUCAACCGAACAAUUGUUUGUCAGUCCAAUGUAUAAUACAGUGAUGAUUGAUCAAUCACUUGUAAUGAAUCGUCGAUGUUUGAAGCUAAUAUUUGCACCAGAAGAUGAAGAUCGUAAUGAAGAAUCAAAUACAAACAAAGAUGUUGAACAAUCCAAAAUCGAAACAACAGAUCAAACUAAACCUCUAGUUUUAGAAGAUAAUAUGAAUGAAGAAUUAUUUAUUGAUCGUAAAUCAUACAAUCCUAUGUAUGAUUGGAAUAAUCAUGUAACAGAUUUGAUGAAUCAAACCAAACCACCAGAAAACGAUAUCGAAGAUGAUUGGACUAAAGAUUGGCAUCGUGUUUGUGAAAUGAUGGGCGUUGAAGAAGAUUCGAUUGAUGCCAAAACUGAUCCAGCAGAUGAUGAAACCAUUCGAAUUUAUAUCUGUGCAACUAUGUGGCAUGAAGAUGAAAAUGAAAUGUUUCAAAUGCUAAAAGCUGUUAUGCGUUUAGAUUAUGAACAAGGAUUGAGACGGAUAGCUAAAAAAGAAUUCGGUGAUGCCGUUAAGAAAACAAUCUAUGAAAUGGAAGUGAAUAUUUAUUUUGAUGAUGCAUUCGAACAAGGUAAAAGUGAUGAUGAAGAUGAUCGAGUAGUCAAUCGUUUUGUUGAACAAUUAAUCAAUACAAUCGGUGGAUCUGCUAAUCAAGUUUUUGGUAAAAAUUUAGAUCUUGAACCACCGACUAUUGUACCGACACCUUAUGGUGGAAAAUUGAUAUGGAAAAUGCCUAUGGGAACCAAUCGAUUAAUAGCACAUAUAAAAGAUAAAAAUUUGAUUCGUCACCGUAAACGUUGGAGUCAAUGUAUGUACAUGUAUUAUCUAUUGGGUUAUCGUUUGGCUGCACGAAAAGAUUUGGAUGUAAAACGUAAAAAAACCAUAAUGAACAAUACAUUUGUUUUAGCUUUGGAUGGUGAUAUCAACUUUAGACCUGCAGCUGUUGAUCUGGUUGUUGAUCUUAUGAAAAAAAAUGAUAAUCUUGGUGCCGCUUGUGGUAGAAUUCAUCCGAUCGGAUCUGGUCCAAUUGUUUGGUAUCAAAAAUUUGAAUACGCUAUGGGUCAUUGGUUACAAAAAGCUACCGAACAUGUUAUUGGUUGUGUUCUAUGUUCUCCCGGAUGUUUUUCAUUAUUUCGUGCUCGUGCAUUGAUGGAUAAAUCUAUCAUGAAUAAAUAUACCACCAAACCCUCACAAGCUCAACAUUAUGUACAAUAUGAUCAAGGUGAAGAUCGAUGGCUGUGUACAUUAUUGUUACAACGUGGUUGGCGUAUUGAAUAUUGUGCUGCUUCAGAUUCAUACACUCAUGCUCCAGAAGGUUUUGCUGAAUUCUAUACACAACGUCGUCGAUGGGGUCCAUCAACUAUGGCCAAUAUUCUCGAUCUAUUAGGCGAUUAUAAACAUACUGUCAAAAUGAAUGAUAACAUUUCUUAUUUGUAUAUUAUCUAUCAGGCAUUUUUGAUGCUUGGUACGAUCAUAUCACCUGGUACAAUUUUCUUAAUGGUUGUUUCUGCUAUGAAUACUGUAAUGGGAUUAACAACAGAAAUGUCCCUUAUUUACAACAUGAUACCAUUGUUAUUGUUUUUGUUUGUUUGUCUUCAAUUCAAAGACAAUAAUAUCAAGAUUACAUUUGCUACAAUAUUAUCGGUCAUUUAUGCAUUGUUAAUGUUAGCUGUUUUGGUUGGAACUGGAAUCGAUAUGUAUACGAAAGGUUUCUUUUCACCGAAUUCGCUUUUCUUUUCCGCUAUGAUGGGUAGUUUUAUAAUGGCUGCUGUAUUACAUCCACAAGAAUUUGCUUGCGUUAUUCCAUUACCAAUCUAUAUGUUAUUCAUACCUAGCAUGUAUAUGUUAUUAACAAUUUAUUCUAUAACAAACAUGAAUGUCGUAUCAUGGGGUACACGUGAAGUUAAAUCUAAAUUAUCUGCAAAAGAAAUGGCUAAAGAAAAAGAAGAAGAAGAAGCAAAAGCUGCAGCUGCAGCAGCAGCCAAAAAGAAAAGCAAUUUUUUGAAUUUAGAUUCAUUUGGUUCCAGUAAGAAUGGUCUUUUUACGUGUAUGUGCUGCUCAGGUACAAAUGAAUCAUCCAUCGAUGAAACAUUGAAUGUCGAUGUUAAAGAUAUAAAAUCACAAAUGAAAGAGAUAAGUAAACUGAUCAGUCAAGAAUUUAAAUCGGAUCAUAGAUCAGUAAAAGAUGAAAAUGAUCAAAAUGAAAACACUAAUUCAAAAAAUAGUGAAGACAAUCGACAACACGAACAUCAUAUCAAUGAUCAACAGCAACAGCAAAAUGAUACCAAUAAAAAUUCAUCUAAUGAACAAAUAUGUCGACGAUCACCACCAACAACUCGAAUCGGAAGUUUUAAAAAACCACGAUGGGUCAGAAAUAAUCCACGACUUAAUUCAUGGCCUAUUCGUGAUAUACCAGAACGUGAAGAAGAAUUUUGGAAAAAAAUGAUUGCUAAAUAUCUUUAUCCUUUGGAUGAAGAUCUUAAAGAAAAAGAACGUAUUAGUUUAGAAUUGGCCGAUCUUCGUAACAAAUAUGUUUUUGCCUUUUCAUUUGUCAAUAUUAUUUUUAUUUUGUUUGUAUUCAUGUUACAAAUUCAUAAAGAUGUAUUUGGUAUCGAUGUACCAAUCGGAACAAAUGGAACAUCAGAAAUUCGUAAUGAAGAUGAAGAUCGUAUUGAACAUGUUGAUAAUAUUAUCUAUACUCGAAUGGAUCCAAUCAAUUUGACUUUGGUCAUUUUUUUCGGUGCUAUUCUUAUCAUUCAAUGUAUUGGUAUGUUUAUUCAUCGUUUUGGAACAUUAGCACAUCUAUUAGCCUAUACGGAAAUUCGUGAAAAGAAAAAACAAAUUGAUUAUUCUUCAUUAGUUGCACAAUUGAUUAGAGAAAAAAGCAAAAGAAAUAGAAGAAGACGUCGUAAACAUUCAAAAAAAACAUUAAAUAAAAUACCAGAUUCCAAUUUGACAACUGAUGAUGAAGAAUAUAAAACUGAUGAUGAUGGUAAAGGUUCGCUAAAAUCAAGCGAUACUGAUGAUGUUAAGCCUAGUGAUUAUGGUAAUGUUUUUGGUGAAGUAAUACAAAAACUUAAAUCUGAUCAAUCACGAAUCGAAAAAAUUCCGAAAAUUAUACGUAAAAAUACUAAACAGGCAAUCCGAAGACAAGAACAUCAACAGAGACAAAACAAAAUUCAUCGAGAUUCAAUACAUUCGGGCAUAUUUGCAUUGGAUCGAGAUUCUAGUAAUGCUAGUUCAUAUGCUUAUCAUCGACGUUUAAACAAAACGAAUUCAAAUCAAUCCGGUUUUUCACAACAGACAAUCAUUGAACAACAAUCAAAUCAAUGGGCCAACAAUAAUAAUCGACAACCAAUGGCAACAUUUUCGACUAAUCAAUCUGGAGCAAUUGGUGUGGCAAUGAAUUCACCAAAAAAUCAAACGGAUAUCAUAACGAGCGAUGAAGAAAUCAGUCGAUUAUGAAAAUGAAAAGAAAAAAAUUUCGAAAAUUACAAUUUUUUUGCUAUUUGCUUUGUUUUGAUCAUUAUUUUUUACAUAAUAUUUAGUUAAUGAAUUCUAUAG